AUGGGUCGACGUGGUGCCCUUGUAGGGGUCGACGUGGUGUCGCUUGGAGGGGUCGACGUGGUGUCGCUUGGAGGGGUCGACGUGGUGCCGCUUGGAGGAAGGACCUGGCGCCGCCUGGAGGAGGGACCUGGCGCCGCCUGGAGGAGGGACCUAGCGCCGCCUGGAGGAGGGACCUGGCGCCGCCUGGAGGAGGGACCUGGCGCCGCCUGGAGGAGGGACCUAGCGCCGCCUGGAGGAGGGACCUGGCGCCGCCUGGAGGAGGGACCUGGCGCCGCCUGGAGGAGGGACCUGGCGCCGCCUGGAGGAGGGACCUGGCGCCGCCUGGAGGAGGGACCUGGCGCCGCCUGGAGGAGGGACCUGGCGCCGUCAGGAGGAGGGGCCUGGCGCCAUCAGGAGGAGGGACCUGGCGCCGCCUGGAGGAGGGACCUGGCGCCGCCUGGAGGAGGGACCUGGCGCCGCCUGGAGGAGGGACCUGGCGCCGCCUGGAGGAGGGACCUGGCGCCGCCUGGAGGAGGGACCUGGCGCCGUCAGGAGGAGGGACCUGGCGCCAUCAGGAGGAGGGACCUGGCGCCGCCUGGAGGAGGGACCUGGCGCCGCCUGGAGGAGGGACCUGGCGCCGUCAGGAGGAGGGACCUGGCGCCAUCAGGAGGAGGGACCUGGCGCCGCCUGGAGGAGGGACCUGGCGCCGCCUGGAGGAGGGACCUGGCGCCGCCUGGAGGAGGGACCUGGCGCCGUCAGGAGGAGGGACCUGGCGCCGCCUGGAGGAGGGACCUGGCGCCGCCUGGAGGAGGGACCUGGCGCCGCCUGGAGGACGGACCUGGCGCCGCCUGGAGGAGGGACCUGGCGCCGUCAGGAGGAGGGACCUGGCGCCAUCAGGAGGAGGGACCUGGCGCCGCCUGGAGGAGGGACCUGGCGCCGCCUGGAGGAGGGACCUGGCGCCGUCAGGAGGAGGGGCCUGGCGCCAUCAGGAGGAGGGACCUGGCGCCGCCUGGAGGAGGGACCUGGCGCCGCCUGGAGGAGGGACCUGGCGCCGCCUGGAGGAGGGACCUGGCGCCGCCUGGAGGAGGGACCUGGCGCCGCCUGGAGGAGGGACCUGGCGCCGUCAGGAGGAGGGACCUGGCGCCAUCAGGAGGAGGGACCUGGCGCCGCCUGGAGGAGGGACCUGGCGCCGCCUGGAGGAGGGACCUGGCGCCGUCAGCAGGAGGGACCUGGCGCCGCCUGGAGGAGGGACCUGGCGCCGCCUGGAGGAGGGACCUGACGCCGUCAGGAGGAGGGACCUGGCGCCGCCUGGAGGAGGGACCUGGCGCCGCCUGGAGGAGGGACCUGGCGCCGCCUGGAGGAGGGACCUGGCGCCGCCUGGAGGAGGGACCUGGCGCCGCCUGGAGGAGGACCUGGCGCCGUCAGGAGGAGGGACCUGGCGCCGCCUGGAGGAGGGACCUGGCGCCGCCUGGAGGAGGGACCUGGCGCCGCCUGGAGGAGGGACCUGGCGCCGUCAGGAGGAGGGACCUGGCGCCAUCAGGAGGGGGACCUGGCGCCGCCUGGAGGAGGGACCUGGCGCCGCCUGGAGGAGGGACCUGGCGCCGCCUGGAGGAGGGACCUGGCGCCGCCUGGAGGAGGGACCUGGCGCCGUCAGGAGGAGGGACCUGGCGCCGCCUGGAGGAGGGACCUGGCGCCGCCUGGAGGAGGGACCUGGCGCCGUCAGGAGGAGGGACCUGGCGCCGCCUGGAGGAGGGACCUGGCGCCGCCUGGAGGAGGGACCUGGCGCCGCCUGGAGGAGGGACCUGGCGCCGCCUGGAGGAGGGACCUGGCGCCGCCUGGAGGAGGGCCCUGGCGCCGCCUGGAGGAGGGACCUGGCGCCGCCUGGAGGAGGGACCUGGCGCCGUCCGGAGGAGGGACCUGGCGCCAUCAGGAGGGGGACCUGGCGCCGACUGGAGGAGGGACCUGGCGCCGCCUGGAGGAGGGACCUGGCGCCGCCUGGAGGAGGGACCUGGCGCCGCCUGGAGGAGGGACCUGGCGCCGUCAGGAGGAGGGACCUGGCGCCGCCUGGAGGAGGGACCUGGCGCCGCCUGGAGGAGGGACCUGGCGCCGCCUGGAGGAGGGACCUGGCACCGCCUGGAGGAGGGACCUGGCGCCGUCAGGAGGAGGGACCUGGCGCCGCCUGGAGGAGGGACCUGGCGCCGCCUGGAGGAGGGACCUGGCGCCGUCAGGAGGAGGGACCUGGCGCCGUCAGGAGGAGGGACCUGGUGCCGUCAGGAGGAGGGACCUGGCGCCAUCAGGAGGGGGACCUGGCGCCGCCUGGAGGAGGGACCUGGCGCCGCCUGGAGGAGGGACCUGGCGCCGCCUGGAGGAGGGACCUGGCGCCGCCUGGAGGAGGGACCUGGCGCCGUCAGGAGGAGGGACCUGGCGCCAUCAGGAGGAGGGACCUGGCGCCAUCAGGAGAAGGGACCUGGCGCCGCCUGGAGGAGGGACCUGGCGCCGUCAGGAGGAGGGACCUGGCGCCGCCUGGAGGAGGGACCUGGCGCCGCCUGGAGGAGGGACCUGGCGCCGGCUGGAGGAGGGACCUGGCGCCGCCUGGAGGAGGGACCUGGCGCCGUCUGGAGGAGGGACCUGGCUCCGCCUGGAGGAGGGACCUGGCGCCGCCUGGAGGAGGGACCUGGCGCCGCCUGGAGGAGGGACCUGGCGCCGCCUGGAGGAGGGACCUGGCGCCGUCAGGAGGAGGGACCUGGCGCCGUCAGGAGGAGGGACCUGGCUUCGCCUGGAGGAGGGACCUGGCGCCGUCAGGAGGAGGGACCUGGCGCCGUCAGGAGGAGGGACCUGGUGCCGUCAGGAGGAGGGACCUGGCGCCGUCAGGAGGAGGGACCUGGCGACGCCUGGAGGAGGGACCUGGCGCUGCCUGGAGGAGGGACCUGGCGCCGCUUGGAGGAGGGACCUGGCGCCGCCUGGAGGAGGGACCUGGCGACGCCUGGAGGAGGGACCUGGCGCCGUCAGGAGGAGGGACCUGGCGCCGCCUGGAGGAGGGACCUGGCUUCGCCUGGAGGAGGGACCUGGCGCCGUCAGCAGGAGGGACCUGGCGCCGCUUGGAGGAGGGACCUGGCGCCGCCUGGAGGAGGGACCUGGCGCCGCCUGGAGGAGGGACCUGGCGCCGCCUGGAGGAGGGACCUGGCGCCGCCUGGAGGAGGGACCUGGCGCCGCCUGGAGGAGGGACCUGGCGCCGCCUGGAGGAGGGACCUGGCGCCGCCUGGAGGAGGGACCUGGCGCCGCCUGUUGUGGUCUACAAAGACCAUUAACAUGAACCUGACGUUUCUAAACAGGAUAAAAACUGGAGAUGUCAACGCCAGCAAGAAGUAA